AGAGAAGAAAGAGAAUUGAAAGGAGAGGAUAAAGACAUUUUGACAACCAAGUAGGAUCCGAUUACAGCGGUCUCUGUGUUGUGUUGGGUGAGGGUGCAGUUGUGAAUAUCUUUUCUAUCUCUCUCUUUCUAUUUUAUAUUCUCUUUGUGUUGUAUUUUUCUCUCAUCCCUUUAUAUAUACAUACAACUUGGUGAACAAGGGAGAGAAAAAGGAAUCAUUGUUCCCUCCGUGAAGGGAACCAAGAUUCCUCAUUUUAUGGUUCAACUUUUUCCAUACCUCUCCGCAUGCUAAUAAGGGUUUAUUUUAAUUCUUUUCAAAGGUGAUUGUUGUGCAGCCAAGGCUAUGUGACAGCGUCAAUGGCUUUGUUAUAAUAAUCAAUCAUAAUUGUGUCACUGUCUAUUGUUUCAGAACUUUAGAGUAUUCAUAUUUUAAGGUUUUUUGAGGAAUAAUUAAUAAUAGACACACACUAUCUAUCCUUUUAAGAAAAGAAAAAAUGUUGGCUGGAUUAGUGAAGAAGUUAGCUUCGACUACAAUGGGAAGCUGCGCUUCGAAACCAAAUGGGAAGAGUAAGACUCAGAAAAGAAGGACUAAAUCUGGAAAGCGCAGAGGAAAAGGAAACAUUUCCUCGGCGCUUCCAGAUAUGCCUUUGAAAAGGAUUAGCAAUGCUGGAAACCGCGUGGGAGAUUUCACUCUCAGUGACUUUGUUCACCUUGAUUUUGAUAAAGGUAACACAAAUACCUGCAGGAGAUCAGAGGUUUCAAAUGUCAAGUUUCAUCUUACACAGGUUCAAUACCAUAGUCAAAUCGACGCAAAUGGAAAUUACCAAGAGGAUGCAUGGUUUGACUCAGUUAGCAUAAUAGAUUCUGAUUCAGAUGAUGACUUCAGUAGUGUGCAUGGAGAUGGUUUUCCUUUCGCCGGACACGCUAUCGGAAAUGUCCCAAACACUCAAGUACUCCAAUAUGAAAGUUCAUCCUGCUAUGUAGAUUCAGGGUGUAAAUAUGAGGAGUUUUAUGAAAGCUACCUCAAGAUAGAUAAUAAUGGAGAGAAAACUCAAGACAGCAACUCAACACAAUCAACUGUUAUCAUGCUUUCUGUUACAAGACAAUCAAUUGAUACCAUCGAAAAGCCCGAAUUAUAUCCAUCUGAGAGAUUUCUGUACCGUCCGAGAGCCGGGAUUCAGAUUCCAAUUUCAACUCAAGAAAAGGCCUUCCCUUGUUCCUGGUCUGCACUUUCACCUUCAGUGUUCAAGCUCCGUGGCGAAACUUUUUUCAUAGAUAAGCAAAAGUGUCCUGCUCCAGAUACAUGCGCUUAUACACCAAUAGGUGUGGAUUUAUUUGUGAGCUCAAGGAAAGUAAAUCACAUUGCUAAGCAUCUUGAACUUCCAAGUGUUAGUCCAAAUGAAAAUGUACCUUCACUCCUUAUUGUUAACAUACAGUUGCCAACAUAUCCUGCUAGCAUGUUCCCCGGUGAGGCCAAUGGAGAAGGUUUGAGUCUUGUUCUAUAUUUUAAGUUGUCGGAGAAUUUCGAAAAGGAAAUCUCUCAGUGUUUUCAAGAGAAGAUCAAGAGAUUAGUGGAUGAUGAGAUGGAAAAGGUGAAAGGAUAUACAAAAGAAAGCUUAGUUCCCUUUAGAGAAAGACUCAAAAUUUUGUGUGGAGUAGUUAAUCCAGAAGACCUUCAUCUGAAUUCUGCUGAGAGGAAACUUAUACAAGGCUACAAUGGCAAGCCCGUGCUUUCGCGUCCUCAACACCAAUUCUUUAAGGGACCUAAUUACUUUGAGAUAGACCUCGAUAUACACCGAUUUAGUUAUAUAUCAAGGAAGGGACUUGAUUCACUUCGAGACCGUGUAAAGCACGGAAUACUUGAUGUUGGAUUAACUAUCCAGGCACAAAAGGAAGAGGAACUUCCAGAGCAAGUGUUAUGCUGCUUAAGAUUGAAUAAAAUUGACUUUGUUAACCAUGGCCAAAUUCCUACCAUUAUGACAAUUGAUUCAGAAUGAAUUUGUUAAUCAGUGGGGAAAAAUGAAAGGAAAAACUAUAUAUAUUUUAAAAUAAUUGAGUAUCACUUAUGUGCAAUAUUUAUUUAUUUUUUAAAUCUUUAUAUUUGAUUAUGGUAUUGAAAUCCUUUAUAAUGUAACUUCGCAUAA